CAUAAGCAUCUGGAGAUACGAAGCUGCAAUAGAGCGAGAGAGUGACCAGAGAGAAGAGAAGAUUAAGCUAAGCGAUGGGUGUGGAGAAGCAAGUCAUCAGACCCGGCACUGGUGCCAAACCCGCUCCGGGUCAAACCGUCACUGUCCACUGCACCGGAUUCGGGAAAGGUGGUGAUCUAUCCCAGCAGUUUUGGAGUACCAAGGACGCUGGGCAAAAACCUUUCUCCUUCCAAAUCGGUAAAGGUGCUGUCAUCAAAGGAUGGGAUGAAGGCGUUAUGGGAAUGCAAAUUGGAGAGGUUGCUCGCUUGCGGUGCUCACCGGAUUACGCAUAUGGUCCUGGUGGAUUUCCGGCGUGGGGAAUCCAGCCGAACUCGGUUCUCGACUUCGAAAUCGAAGUACUCAGCGUGCAGUAAUGCUCUCUCUAUUGACAAAAGCGCAACAAAACUUAUGUUAAAUUAUUAAGUGGUGUUAACCCUUUUUAUGUUUAUCGCUUCGGGGAUCUUUGUUCAAACAACACUAUGUGAUGUCACUCUUGUCAGUGCUUGUCUAAACUCGGUGGACAACGUUUUAUCUUAAAUAAAAGACCCCGUUACUCUUGUUUCA